GCACCUCUAUACCUAUCUACACUCAACGGUUCAGGUGGCGGAUUGCCUAUGGUUGCUCUGUGUAAUAUUCCGCACUAUAUGAAAAUUUUGUUUCACUAUUCAUGUGGAGAAUAGUUUAAACUUUUUUUUUAAAGUGUAUAUGUUAAUAUUUUGUGAUCUAUUUUUCUGGAUACGAAAGGAUCAGGGUGGCUAAUAAAUAUAAUGGCGGGAGAUGAUACUGAACUAUGUGGGUUUCUGGAUGCAAAAUUGCCAGGAAAUAAAGGAGUGUCCCAGAAGGUUCGAAAAAGGUCCUUAGCAUCUUGGAAAGUUUGGAAAAGACAUUGGUGUUCUGUAAAGAAACUAGGUCCUGGCUUGGGAUUUGAAGUUCAAUUAGAUUGUGGUAUUAGUAGUGGCAGUGCAACUGUACCAAAUGAGAGAGAUAAUUCUAUAAAAAUACCAUUUGAUGCAUUCAUAUGUCGAACAGAGUCUAGAUCAAAACAAUUUGCUUUUGGCAUUUUUCCUGCAAAGGAGAGAAAGCCUUUGCUGUAUCUUUCUGGUAACUCUGAGACAGAAACUCAGCGUUGGAUGGCAAAUCUUAGACAGUUUUUAAAACCAAGAAGGCAUCGUUUUAUGGAUGGAACUUACUACAUAUCUAUUGUUGAUAACACACAUUCUCGAGCUGCUGGUCUAAUAGGGAUGCAUGGUGAUAUGGUAACCAGUCGUCUUGGACUAUUUAUUAAAGAUGUACAUUCGGGUGAAAUAAUAGAGAAUCUAGAAUGGAAGGAACUAAAUCAAUUUCAUUUAUCUACGGCUGGCCGUCCGGAGGAUGUAAAGAGAAUCUGUGUAAUCCACACAACAAAAGCAUUUCGUGGUGGUAUUGGAGAGCUUUAUAUAUUUUGUUUGGAGGCUGGAAAAUUACUUCAAGAUCUUGUGACUCAGGGCCGUGGUCCACGACAAAAGCACCUGAAUCAAAGACCUUUAAGUCUUAGCGAAGGCGACCUUAGGUUGUCUAUAUAUAAUGACAGCGAUUCCGAAAACUUUCCAGUACUCAAAAGCAAAGUAGCCUCGAACCUCAUCAAUGCGGGUCUCGGAUUAAUGAUGUCCUCUCGAUCAGGUAGCGAAAUAAAGCUUCUUAAUGAAAUAAGACAAAGUACAAUGCUUGAAAAAAUAACAAGCACCAAGUUAUCCAUCCACACGCAAAGAGCAGUAGAUAAUAUCUACCAACUGGAGCCUGCAACCAUUCCAAACAUUAGCUCCAAUUUAGAGGAACCAGAAGAACCAUCUCCAAGAAGAGUAUCAAAUAUAUCAGUGGCUUCAGGAAUUUAUGAAGAAAUCCCUGAGAAUGUUGAUAAUUUUAAAGCUGUCAGAUUACGUUCUAACUUGUAUGAAGACCCAGAGGAUUUAUUUUUUGGAUGUUGUUGUCCAAAACAGCAGCCACCACCACUGCCUCCCAGACAAAUAUGUGGAUCUGGUUCAACACGAAAUGGAAGUAUUAGUGAUGACGGACUGGAUUCCGAAGAAGGUACUCGAUCAGCUACACCGAAUACUCAGGAUGAGGCAACUCCAACGCCAGAGGAAAAAACGAAUACCAUGAAUCCCACGUCAAUAGACAACUCGGACUACGUUACAAUGUCACCACGAUUAAAAGACAUCGCUCAAGGUAAUUACAAGAAACCUCCACAGGAAGAAUUCUACAUGGUGAUGCGGUAGAUAAUAAUUUAGUAUAUGAAAUAACUUAUAUGUAAAAAUAUUUAGUCAAUUAUAUCAGUAUGAGUGUGCAGUAACGCUUCAGGAUGCAUACAACACGAACUGCACCUGAUAAAUAUUAUAUGGAGUAAUUCAAGACCUUUCAAGAUGCGUUUGUAAUAAAGAAUAAGCUAGUAGUCCAUUUUAUAAAUUUCAAAUGCCCCGCUGUAAGAUCUAUAAGGCAGACAGACUGGGGUACUGGAGCUUGAUUACAGCUUACGGUAAAUAAAAUGAAUUUAUUGAAAUAUAAGAUAACUUCAAUAAGUUCGUAAUCAUAUAAAUUGCACUGUGAUGCGUGUAUUACCGAUCUUAAUCAGUGAAUGACUGGUUAAAAUCUCGACGUUAAGUGUUUGACGAAAUAGUUGUAAAUGUUAUAAUAGUCUGGAUAUGUGAAUGUGUGAAAAUGGAUAACAGUAAUUAAUACGGACGUAAAUUUCUACGACUUUUAUACAAUUUUCUAUGAAACUUUCAGAAAUGAACUGAUACACCACCACGUACAAAAUAUCAUAUAGUAUUUCAUAGUUUUCUAACGUAAUUUGAGACUUGUUACUUAUCAAGAGAAGCGUCAUAAUCGCAAUACUAUUUAUUACUACUGCCUUUUGCUAUGUGCCUCGAUACGCGUUAUAUACUCUAAACGUUGUUAAGGAAACCUUGUUAAGCUUCACACGGUUAUUAUUCUAUUGCAUAUUGUUUGCAAAAUUGUGCAGCUUUUUGAUAAAAUGGAAAUCGGUUCGUUGGCACUAUACGUAUAUAAAAGUUUGGCAUUUGUUGAGAAUUUCAAUGGUGAAUUCGAUGUUGCGUGCUGGCAUGAAUCGAUUAUGGGCAGAUUGUUUGUAAGUUUGGAAGAUUAUAGGAAAACGUAAGUAAGAGGGCCUUUAAUUAAUUUUGAUGAUUUGAGAAAUCUGUAUUUUCGUUUUCCUUUUUCAAUGUGUAAGACAGCUUUUUUCGGGCUUUCACUCAAUGUAGUAACAACAGAUUGUGAUAGAAUAUAUUAUGACGAUAUGACAUAAUUUUAAGAUAAAAAGAAACGCUAUAAAUGUUGCUUUGGAUUUGUGUGGUGCAUGACGAAUACUCGAUCUAUGUUGAUUCUGUAUUGCUUAUAAAUGAAAUGUAGUAAAUUUAAUAUUGCAGUCAAGCAUAAUACUUGGUACAUGAUGGCAAAAUACAUAAAAUAUUGUAGUUUUCUUUGACGUUGACUUGACUUUCUAGAAAAA